AGGAGAUGGAAUUAAACGUGUCGCCGUUUUAGACACUGGGGGCAGGGCACGGCCCCCUUCUCCAGACUGCAGCCCAGUUUCUGAGAUCUCCCCACAGAGCGUCAGGAUGGCCGAGGAAAAGGGUGAAAAGCUAGUGCUGGAAGAAACUGCAUUUGAGGAAAUCGAAAGAGAUUUUCAGGAAGUUCUCAGCGAACUUUCAGGGGACAAAAGUCUGGAAAAAUUCAGGAUUGAAUAUGAAAGGCUUCAUGCUGUCAUGAAAAAGUCUUAUGAAAAUGAAAAGCGACUGAUGGCCAAAUGCAGAGAGCUGAACGCGGAGAUCGUGGUGAACUCUGCAAAGGUCGCCACCGCUCUGAAGCUCUCUCAGGAUGACCAGACUACCAUCGCAUCCCUGAAGAAGGAAAUUGAAAAGGCCUGGAAGAUGGUGGACUCUGCCUAUGAUAAGGAGCAGAAGGCCAAGGAGACGAUUCUUGCCCUGAAAGAGGAAAUAGUGAACCUGACCAAACUAGUGGAACAGGGGUCUGGACUGUCUAUGGACCAGGACAGCAAUAUCCGAGAUUUACUGAAGUUCAAAGAAGAAGUGACAAAAGAGCGUGAUCAGCUCCUGUCAGAAGUGGUGAAAUUACGAGAGUCCCUGGCUCAGACCACUGAGCAGCAGCAGGAGACGGAACGAGCGAAGGAAGACGCGGAGCACACCAUCAAUCAGUUCCAACAAGAAAUCCAACACCGUCAGAACGAAGCUUCACGGGAGUCUCGGAAGAAGGAAAAGCUGGAGAAGGAGCUCAAACAGAUCCAGUCGGACAUGGACGGCAGGCAGAAUGAGAUCAAGGCGCUGCAGCAGUACACGCAGAAGUGCAAAGAGGAGCUGCAGCGGCUGGAGCAGCAGCUGAAGGAGCAGAAGAUACUGAAUGAGAGAGCUGUGAAGGAGCUGGAGCAGUUUCAGUUGCGAAACUCUAAACUCCAGCAAGAGAACGAACAGCACAGCUUGGCCUGUGAGCAGCUGUCCCAGGAGAACCAGCAGAAGGCCUUGGAGCUCAAAGCCAAAGAGGAAGAAAUCCAUCAGAUGCGCCUUGACAUUGGGAAGUUUAACAAAAUCAGAGAACAAAUCCACAAGAAGCUGCAUCUGAUUGAGGACCAGAAGGCAGAAGUGGAACAGCACAAGGAAACCCUCAAGAAUCAGAUCUUGGGACUGGAGAGAGAGGUGGAGACCACAAAGAAACGAGCAGAACUCGAUAAGAAAACAAUGGAUGAGCUUCUGAGAGAAAGGGACAUACUAAGUAAGAAUAUGGUCAAGGCGGUCAGUGCGAACCAGAAGCAGGUAGAACUGGUGAAGCUCCACGAGCAAGCCAAGAAGAACCUGGAGGAGGAAAUCCACAACUACAAGGAGGAGGCGCAGAAGCAGAGGAAGAUCAUCUUUCAGCUGGAAAGGGAGCGUGACCGCUACAUUGAUGAAGCCAGUGAGCUCACCCAAAGGGUCAUCUCAAGCAUGGAAGACAUCAAAAUCCGUGAAAUGCAUAUUUUUGAGUACAGGAAAAAAAUAGCUGAAUCAGAGACUAAAUUAAAACAGCAACAGAACCUGUAUGAAGCUGUGAGGUCAGAUAGGAACCUGUACAGUAAAAACUUGGUGGAGGCCCAGGAUGAAAUAACAGAAAUGAAGAGAAAGCUCAAGAUUAUGACCCACCAGGUGGAUCAGCUGAAGGAAGAAAUCUCAGCCAAAGAGUCUGCCCUGGCGAAGCUGCACCUGGAACAGCAGCGGAUCGAAAAGGAGAAGGAAACGCUGAAGGCCGAGCUUCAGAAGCUGAGGCAACAAGCCCUGGAGACCAAACACUUCAUUGAAAAGCAGGAGGUCGAAGAGAGAAAACUCCUGCGCAUCAUUGCCGAGGCUGACGGGGAGAGGGUGAGGCAGAAGAAGGAAUUAGACCAGGUCAUCAGUGAGAGAGACAUCCUGGGGUCUCAGCUGGUCCGGCGCAAUGACGAGUUAGCCUUGCUGUAUGAGAAGAUAAAGAUCCAGCAGUCGGUGCUGAACAAAGGCGAGACCCAGUACAACCAGAGGAUGGAGGACAUGCGGAUCCUCAAACUGGAGAUCAAGAAGCUUCGUCGGGAAAAGGGGAUCCUUGCCAGGAGCGUGGCGAAUGUGGAGGAGCUCAGACAGGAGCUUUUCCACAUGCAAAGAGAAUUCCUGAAGGAGAGGACAAGGUGCCGAGCCCUGGAGGAGGAGCUGGAGAACCCCAUGAACAUACACAGAUGGAGGAAGCUUGAGGCCAGUGACCCCAGUACCUUCGAGCUGAUACAGAAAAUUCACACCCUGCAGAAGCGUCUCAUCAGCAAGACAGAAGAGGUGGUGGAGAAAGAACUGCUCCUUCAGGAGAAGGAGAAACUGUACGUGGAGCUGAAGCACGUUCUAUCCCGGCAGCCGGGCCCCGAGGCCGCGGAGCAGCUGCAGAUCUACCGGCACACGCUGCGGGAGAAGACCAAGCAGCUGAAAGUUUUGUCAUCAGAGUUGAAUAUGUAUGAAUCUCAGAGCCAAGAAUAUAAGUAUGAGAUCGAGAGACUUGGCAAUGAACUGGUGAAUUUAAAGAAGAAAUACCUGGCUCAGAAACGUAGAGAACUCAUUCGGAAGAACAAGGACAAAAUCCCCCUAGAGAACAGCUUGUUAAUGGCCAAGUCUACUGGGCCUCGUUUUACUGGGGGUGGAUUUCCCCUCAACAAGGCAUCCAAGCUGAAGUUGUAACUGGAAGCUGCUAGUGGACCUGGUUCAACAGCUCUGGGACAUUGUAGAUGGAUCUCUUUUAAACCCCUCAGAUCACAGUUAUCAAGGAAAAGUAAAUGCCUGGGUUCAGAUGAAAAGGAAUGGACAACUGUCAUAGGCAUGCACAUAGAAGAUGAUGACAUCAUACCUGGGCCACACGGACAUUAACAGAUUAUAAUUCUAGCUCUUCAAUUAGGCUGUAC